AUGGCCAUGUCCGAUCUGCUGUAUCCGAUUUUCCUGUUUCCUCGGGAUUUAGAACGGUUACACAUCAAUAUUCAGCCUUGGUUAAUCGGCGGUCCUCUUGACCAAGUGUUGUGUAAACUGAUUCACUUCGCAAUGGACGUCUCAUCUACUAUUUCAAUUCAGAGCCUGGUUUUGAUAGCAGUGGAUCGAUUCGUAGCUGAGGUAUUUCCCAUCCGUUCCCCACUGAUCAGUUCAAAACACUGCAGGUUCUAUAUCCUCGCCACUUGGAUCAUUGCCUUGGCUGUCUGGUGCCCAAACUUGCUCGUCUAUACCCUUGUCGAGUAUCCAACGAAGCAGUACUGCAUGCCACAAUGGAAUGGCGCAUUUGAUGACUUCAAGUCCUUCCUAGACUACAAUAUAGCAUGGUGUAAACAGCUGAAAGAAGACCGCUAA